AAUACUCCGUAAUCACCAAAUAUACCUCUGUCAUCCGGGCCAAUAUAGGACGUUACCAUAACCUGCCAUUCCCGCCACUCAUGUGGAAAAUGUAGAAGGCAUCAAAACGGAAUUCGAAGGAAUAUGUUUAAUUUCCCUUUUCUUAAGAAAUUCAAAGAAUAGGACGGUGGUUAUUUUAAAUAAUUAAAGAAGAAACUGGAAGAAGGCUUAAAAGACAAUUUGAUUGUCAUUACGGAUAUUUCUAAGCAAAUUCAGGUUCAGCGAGAAUGAGUCCGGUGUUGCGGGCGUUGUUGACGGUACUGCUGUGUUGGGGGGUGGGUACGUCACCCACUCACAGAGAUUAUUGUGUGAUAGGAGCGGGACCAGCGGGCUUACAAAUCGGAUACUUCCUGAACAAAUCACAAAGAAAUUAUAUCAUCUUCGAGAAAUCUAACAUUGCAGGUUCAUUUUUCACCAAAUACCCCAUUCACAGGAAGUUAAUCAGCAUUAAUAAGAUCUACACUGGACGGGAAAACGCAGAGUACAACCUUCGUCAUGACUGGAACUCGCUUUUAAGUGAUGAAGAGCGCAUGCUCUUCAAACAUUUCUCCCGCCAAAUGUUCCCGCCAGCAGAUACCAUGGUUACAUACCUUCAAUCGUAUGCUCGUCAUUUCAACUUACCAAUUCAAUACAAUACGGAAAUAUCCGACAUUCAUUCUGUGUAUGUGAACAAAACCAAGAAAAUCGGCAUGAAGGACCAGUAUGGUAAUGAGUACUUAUGUCGAGUGGCGAUUGUAGCCACUGGUGUAUGGAAGCCUCGUGUCCCUGAUAUUCCUGGACAGGAAUUAAUGGACGGAUACGAGAGUUUGUCAUCGAACGCUUCGGACUAUGAGGGCAAAUCUGUUAUGAUCCUAGGUCGUGGAAACUCUGCUUUUGAGACCGCGUCUGCGAUCUACGACAAGACCAACUUCGUCCACAUGGUGGGCAGACAUCGCAUUCGCCUGGCCUGGGAGACUCACUACGUCGGCGAUUUGAGGGCUGUAAACAACGAGCUGUUGGACACUUAUCAGUUAAAAUCUCAGGAUGGUCUCUUGGAAUACGACAUAAACGAUUACAAGGUUGUCAAGGAGGGGGGAAAGCUGUACCUUCGAGAAAAUCUCCCGGACGAGCAGUGGGAGGAGUAUGAUAAUGACCCCCUUCUUACCCCCUACGACAAGAUCAUCAGAUGCCUCGGCUUCCAGUUUGAUCCCUUUAUUUUCAGAAAAAUUUCAGAUGUGGCAGUCCGGCCAUCCCAGAAAUACCCUAUAAUAGAUUACGAUUACCGCUCCUCUGUGGUGGAUGGUCUCUAUUUCACAGGAACAAUAGCACACUCGCUAGACUUCAGACAGUCAGCAGGGGGCUUCAUCCACGGCUUCCGAUACUCUGCUCGUGUUCUCUCCAAGAUCUUAAACUGGCGAUACCAUCAAGAAAUGUGGCCGUCGGCGAUUCUCCCGCUGCACAAUUUGUCCUCUGUCAUCAUCAGAAGAGUGAACGAAGCUUCCGGUCUCUAUCAGAUGUUCACAUAUCUAUGUGACAUUAUCCUUGUUGACGAAAAUGAAAUGAAGUAUGAAUACGUAGAAGAAUAUCCAACUAAACUAAUACACAAGUUCCGUGAAGUGACGGGAAUAGAUCCAGCUAACAGAAAGGUUCUUGUCGUAUUAUUGCAAUAUGGUGAGGGGUUCCAUGGACCGGAAGAAGACGUGUUCCGAGAAGACAGAGCAGCAAAUGAUCCGCGGUUUGCAGAUCACUCCAAUUUCCUCCAUCCUGUCAUCUAUUACUUCGAAGAAAUCCCAAAAGAGGAAGACAUAAAGAGAAGAAAGCGGGGGGAUCCGUUACCUCCUGCUGAUAAAAUUCACCACAUUCUGGAGGACUUCUCUGCAAACUGGGACAGACCCAAUGCUCACGUCAAACCACUCGCCGUGUUCCUAAGACGUACUCUGAAAGAAAGAACCCAAUUGGCCUCUAAGUAUGAGCCAAAUGAGCAGAAGACAUUUCGGUGUGUUGAUGGGGCUGGACAAAUUCCAUAUGAACACCUGAAUGAUGAUUACUGUGACUGUGCUGAUGGAUCGGAUGAACCGGGAACCUCUGCUUGUACGAACGGAAAAUUCCACUGCACAAAUGCUGGUUACAUUCCAAAGAACAUCCAGUCCUCCAGAGUAAAUGAUGGGGUGUGUGAUUGCUGUGAUGGAUCCGAUGAGUACGGUGGUAAAAUUGAAUGUGUGAACAACUGCAAGGAACUUGGGAAAAAACUUCGUGAGGAGCAGGAUCAGAAGAAACUGUUACAAGAAGAGGGAUUUAAGAAGAGGGAGGGAUUCAUUGCUGAAGCUAAUAAAGUCAUGGAGGAGAAAAGGUUGAAAAUUCAAGAGCUUGAGAAAGAGAAAGCUGAGCUACAAGAUAAGGUCAAAGAGCUGGAAGCCAAGAAGAUAGAAGUCGAGACCCCAGAAAAGGAGGCCAAAGACAGACAUGAGCAGGCCUGGAAAGAACAAAAGGAAGCAAAAGAGAAAGAGAGAGAUGCAGUCAAGGCUAGAGACGCGUUUGAUGACCUGGAUUUAAACAAAGAUGGAUUUGUCGAUAUAUUGGAGAUAAUCCCACACCAGGAGUUUGACAUUGACGCUAACGGUGUUGUAAGUGAAGAGGAGGCCAAGGAACAUUUGGAAGAUCAGGAAAAAGUUGAUUAUGAAGAAUUUAAUUCCAAAAUUUGGAGCAACAUCCAUGGUAUUUACAAGAAACUCGUCCCAGAGGAAGAGAAGAAAGACUCAGCACUCCCGGUAGAAUCCCAGGGUGAAACAGGUGCACCAGUGCCCACUGAAGAACCUCAGGCCACACCCCAUGUCACUCCUCCUCCUGAUGAGGGUGAUGAUUAUGAGGAGGAUGAUGAAGAUGAGGAUGAAGAGACAUCUGAACUGGAAACUACUACCAGCAUGGAAAAUUUGGAAUUAGAAACCACCGAAGAACUUUUUCCUCCUGAGGUCAAGGAGGAGUCCGUGGAUGAUGAUAAAAUGCCUGAAUAUGACGAGGAAACCAAGGCCCUUAUAGCAGCUGCAGACGAAGCCCGAAAAAAUUAUGAGGAAGCAGAUAAACGCUCAAGAGACAUUGAUGGGGAGAUUACGACCCUGACUUCAUAUUUAAACACAGAUUAUGGCAAAGAUAAAGAAUAUGCAGUGUUACGAGACAACUGUUACGAGUAUACUGAUAGAGAAUACACGUACAAGUUAUGUCCCUUUUCAACUGCCUCUCAGAGGCCAAAGUCCGGAGGCCACGAAACAAAUCUAGGACGAUGGGGGAGAUGGGAUGAUGAUCAAUACAAAACACAGUUGUAUGACCAUGGACAGAACUGCUGGAAUGGGCCAGAUAGAUCUGUAAAGAUUCAUAUAUCCUGCGGGCCAGAGCACCAACUGACCAAUGCCUAUGAACCCAGUCGUUGUGAAUAUGCCUUUGACUUUUUGACGCCAUGUGCUUGUAAUCAACCGCCUACACCACAUGAUAAAGAUACUCACGAUGAAUUGUAAAUUAUAAGUGCAUAUUGUAAGGCUUAUUUUGGUUGAUAGUAAAGGAAAAUAUAUUGAUUUCUUGUUUAAAAAAUUCUAUGGCGAACAUAUUUUGAAAAGACUGAAAUAAAUGAAGAUAUUUUUUCAGAUACAACUCUGUAUAUUGGAUGAGCAUUAGUUAAUACAUGAACUUUAGAAAUAUGAUGAUAGUAAGGGAAAAAACAUAUAUACAUGUGAAGAUGUGACUUAAAGAUAUAUGAACUACAUAUAAAAUAUUAAGUUCCUUA